AUCAUAAUCAUCAAGAGGCCUGGUAACAAACGGCCUCUCUGUUUAUUUAACUCUCUUUUGUUUGUCGUCAUUCCGUGACGAGCAUUGUCUUGUAUUUAAUAAAUAUACAUAAAGGAAAUGGAUGAAGUCCUAUCUAUGACGACAAACAAAUAAACACACACCGGACCUGCCCACAGAGACAAUUACUCAGGAAGCAAAAUAUCUUCAACGUAAUACCAAGACGAAGUCGAAAAGGAUUUGUCGAUCAACAACACAGCUGGCGCCAUAUUUAACAAUUGGAAUAAAUUACCGCCACUCAAACGUGCUUCCACCCGACCAAGGUAAUUUUCCAAUUAAACUUCACGAAGAGACAACAUGCCAAGUCAUCGCUGCCCAUACCCCGAUUGUGAAUAUGAAACGGCAGAUGUUGAAGACGCCCUUGCAGCGGUAUUGUUAACAGUACACUCUAACGGAAGUCACAACAACAAUCAAGCGACCACCACCAUAUCCAAAGGCGAAAAAGUAAAGCGACCCACAAUUUCCCGGAGCGGCACAAGCGAGGACUGGUCAUAUUUCUUAUCACGAUGGAAGGACUAUGUUGAUGCCACAAAAAUAACGGGCCAAGACAAAGUACUACAACUUCUAGAAUGCUGCGAGGAACAGCUACGUAAAGAUUUAACACGCAACGCGGGGGGGUCCAUAGCAAGCAAACCCAUCGACGAAGUCCUUCAGGCAAUAAAAAAACUGGCUGUCAGAGGAGAGAACCCUAUGGUAGCCCGGGUACAAUUACAUAACAUGCGCCAAGAUCACGACGAGCCCAUUAGAAACUUCUGUGCACGGGCACGCGGACAAGCGAGUACAUGCAACUUCUCGAUACCCUGCCCAAACUGCGAGACUAACGUGAACUAUACAGACAACGUACUGAGCGACGUCAUUACCCGUGGCCUAGCAGACAACGAAAUUCAACUCGACCUCCUGGCAGACAAAAAACAGGACAAAACGCUAGAAGAAAUCGUACAAUUCGUAGAACGCAAAGAAAUAGGCAAAAGGUCAGCUGACCAACUACUCCAGAAACAAGGAGCAGAAGCCACCCGUAGUCAAUACAAGCGGGGAAAACGCGCUGACGAGACAUUGGAUAAAGGCAAGAAUAAAGCCCCAGAAACAGCCACACCAUGCAACUACUGCGGCACCAGCGGACAUGGACAAAACGCACCACCAAGGGUCAGACGGAAUACUUGUCCAGCAUACGGCCACACAUGCGAGAUAUGCAACAGACCAAACCACUUUCAACACGUAUGCCGCAGUAAAGACAAACCUAAACUCCACAGUCCACGCAAGGGAAAUGCCAACUCAGCUGAAAAUGCACUGUUUGACAACCUCUGUUCCACCCAGACAGAUGAGAAACAAACACCCAAGACAACAAAUAAUGCCAUGCUGGACCACCACCUUUACAGCAAUAUCGCCAACAAAUGGGCAAGAAAAGCAUCACGGACACAACCCUUCAUCACCGUCCAAGCAACCCUCCACCCAGAUGACUACCAUAGCCUAGGGCUUAAACCAAUCUUCCAAUCGCCCCGAUCCAAGAUGGUAACAGGGAUGGCGGACACAGGAUGCCAAAGCUGCCUAGCCAGCAUGCCCAUCAUACGCCGUUUUGGAUUGCGUGAAAAAGAUCUUAUCCCUGUCAACACGAAAAUGCACGCGGCAAACGGGAAAGAUAUCAGAAUCAUCGGCGCCACCUUCCUUCGCUUCACUGAUGUAAAAGACCCCGGAAAAUCUCCAGAGACCCGACAGAUGGUAUACAUCACCCACGACACUGAUAAACUCUACUUGAGUCGUGAAGCUUGUGAACAACUAGGCAUGAUCACUAAAUCAUUCCCAACGAUCGGUGAAAACACCUCAACAUCACCCACCACAAUGCCCACUACCACCGCAGCAACCAGCGAUCAACCCAAUGCGGCUGCCCAAUUCGCAGUAAACCGCCAACCAAACCGGACAAACUACCAUUCCCAGCCACAAGUGACAACCACACAACAAUUUCUAAAGGACUGGAGCGUCCAUCAUCGCCUUUCCUCAGUAGCAUUCCCACAUUCAAACUGCCGCGCCGAGGUCGGCGUCAAAACGAUGAAACGAAUCCUAACGAAUAACACUAACCACGAUGGCACGGUCGACACCGACUCGUUGCAACACGCAGUGUUGCAAUACCGGAAUUGCCCAGACCCUAACACCGGCCUGUCUCCUGCACAAUGCGUCUUCGGCCGACCAAUCAGGGACCUCAUCCCAAUACCCCCGGCCGCUACGUCCCACACCCAACGUGGAAAGAUACACUGAACGCACGCGAGGAAGCUCUACGGAACAGGCAUAUAAAAGCCGCCGAGCGAUGGUCUGAGCACACCCAACGGCUUCCCCAAUUAAAAGUUGGCUCCUUUGUCCGCAUCCAAAAUCAAACCGGGCCACAUCCAAAAAAGUGGGACAAAACAGGCGUAGUAAUAGAGGUCCGACAAUAUGAUCAAUACGUCAUCCGAGUCGACGGAUCAGGAAGACCCACUAUCCGCAACCGGAAAUUCCUCCGCCAAUACACUCCCGUGAAAACACCGCCACCACCCCGCACCAUUCAGGAUGACCUACGAUUACUUGGCACACCAUUAGCCCCUUCCACAACCCCGCACCACGCCCAACAACCACCACCAAAUAACCUUGAGCAGCAAACACCACAGCACGACCGAGCUGACAUGCACAAUGAAAACCCAACCCAACCCACAACACCAGAGACAACCCAUUUCCCCCCCACGCCAACUCAAACAACACCUACAAGCACAUCCACCACCCACACUAAACAACCACUUGCGCUAAGAAGACUUAUGGACUUCAAUAACAAAGGACUCAAAGAAUAAAAACUUUCAUAUUCUGAACAAUUAAGUCUUUCAUUACUGUUACAUUUUAUUCACGAGUUAAAGACUUAGGGGGAGAUAGAACAUCAUAAUCAUCAAGAGGCCUGGUAACAAACGGCCUCUCUGUUUAUUUAACUCUCUUUUGUUUGUCGUCAUUCCGUGACGAGCAUUGUCUUGUAUUUAAUAAAUAUAC